UCUCUCUCUCCCUCUCUAACAUUUUAGGUCUAACCCUCGAUCUGAAAGCGUUAAUAGAGGCUUUCCGCCGGAGAUCAAAAGAUGAACGGCGAUAACCGAAGACGAGACCGCCAAGAUUCAAGAAUUUCCAAGAAGCAGAGGCUCAUCCUCACCGCCGAAGAAGAGCUCGAGUCCAAGCUUGGUUUCGAUAUUUUCUCCGAAGGUGAAAAACGCCUCGGUUGGUUGCUUACACUCGCGUCGUCAUCUUGGGAGGAUCAAGAAACUCGCAAGGUCUAUAGUUGUGUCGAUCUUUAUUUCGUUUGUCAGGAUGGCUCUACUUUCAAAGCGAAGUACAAGUUCAGGCCGUAUUUCUACGCUGCCACAAAGGACAAAAUGGAAAUGGAUGUUGAGGCAUAUUUGAGACGACGUUAUGAGAAUCAAAUUGCUGACAUAGAAAUCAUGGAGAAAGAGGAUCUUGAUCUUAAAAACCAUCUUUCCGGCUUACACAAAUCUUAUUUGAAGAUAUCUUUUGAUACUGUUCAACAACUGAUGCAUGUGAAGAGUGAUCUAGUGCAUGUUGUUGAAAGAAACCUGGCAAAGUUUGAUGCUGCAGACGCAUAUGAGUCUAUAUUAACUGGGAAAAGCAAACAGAGACCUCAAGAUUUCAUAGAUUGUAUCAUGGAUCUCCGCGAGUAUGAUGUUCCUUACCAUGUUCGCUUUGCUGUUGAUAACGAUGUAAGAUGUGGACAGUGGUACAAUGUUAUUGUAUCCAGUGCUGGUCUUAUGCUAGAAAGGAGGACUGAUCUCCUGCAACGUGCUGAAGUUCAUGUUUGUGCAUUUGAUAUUGAGACAACAAAGCUCCCUUUGAAAUUUCCAGACGCUGAAUAUGAUUUAAUAAUGAUGAUAUCGUACAUGGUUGACGGACAAGGGUAUUUAAUUAUUAACAGAGAGUGUGUUGGUGAAGAUAUAGAGGAUCUGGAAUACACCCCAAAACCAGAAUUUGAAGGGUGUUUCAAAGUUUACAAUGUAAAAAACGAGGAAGAGCUUCUCAGACAAUGGUUUUCCCAUAUGCGAGAGGUGAAGCCUGGUAUUUAUGUCACAUACAACGGCGACUUUUUUGACUGGCCAUUUAUCGAAAGCAGAGCAGCUCAUCAUGGGUUUAGAAUGAGUGAUGAACUGGGAUUUCAAUGUGAUAAGAAUCAGGGGGAAUGUCGUGCUAAAUUUGCUUGCCACCUGGAUUGUUUUGCAUGGGUCAAACGUGAUAGUUAUCUUCCCCAGGGGAGCCAGGGCCUAAAGGCUGUUACGAAGGCCAAGUUGGGUUAUGAUCCACUGGAGGUGAAUCCGGAAGAUAUGGUUCGCUUUGCAAAGGAAAAGCCCCAGAUGAUGGCCUCCUAUUCUGUUUCUGAUGCUGUUGCAACUUAUUACUUGUAUAUGAUGUAUGUUCAUCCCUUCAUUUUCUCCCUUGCAACUAUCAUACCAAUGCCGCCUGAUGAGGUUUUACGUAAAGGAAGUGGGACCCUUUGUGAAAUGCUUCUUAUGGUCCAGGCAUACAAGGCAAAUGUUAUUUGUCCUAAUAAACAUCAAUCUGAUCCAGAAAAAUUUUACAACAGACAGCUUCUGGAGAGUGAGACAUAUAUUGGUGGCCAUGUGGAAUGCCUAGAAAGUGGUGUUUUCAGAUCUGACCUUCCAACUAGUUUUAAGCUUGAUCCAUCUGCCUAUCAACAACUGAUCGACAACCUUGAUCGUGAUCUGCAAUAUGCUAUUAGAGUAGAGGGUAAGAUGGAACUGGAAUCAAUCUCAAAUUAUGAUGAAGUGAAGAAUGGCAUAGUGGAAAAGCUUAUGAAGAUGCGGGAUGAACCUAUACGUGAUGAAUGCCCCCUUAUUUAUCAUUUGGAUGUCGCUGCAAUGUAUCCUAACAUUAUAUUGACGAACAGGCUCCAGCCUCCAUCAAUAGUUUCAGAUGAGAUUUGCACUGCAUGUGAUUUCAACCGUCCGGGCAAAACUUGCCUUCGUAAGCUUGAAUGGGUCUGGCGUGGCGAGACAUACAUGGCAAAGAAAAGUGACUACUAUCAUUUGAAGAGGCAAAUUGAGUCUGAGUUUGUUGAUAAAGUAGAUGGCCAGUUGUCAAAAUCUUUUCUUGACCUGCCUAAAGUGGAGCAACAAUUGAAGCUCAAAGAGCGUCUAAAGAAAUACUGCCAAAAGGCAUAUAAACGGGUAUUGAAUAAGCCAGUUACCGAGCUUCGAGAAGCAGGGAUCUGCAUGCGGGAAAAUCCGUUUUAUGUGGACACUGUCCGGAGCUUUCGAGAUCGAAGGUAUGAGUACAAAGGACUUAAUAAGGUUUGGAAGGGGAAGUUGUCAGAAGCAAAGGCUAGUGGAAAUUCUAUUAAGAUCCAAGAAGCACAAGAUAUGGUAGUUCUUUAUGAUUCAUUACAACUGGCUCAUAAGUGUAUUCUGAACUCUUUCUAUGGAUAUGUCAUGCGCAAGGGUGCAAGAUGGUACUCAAUGGAAAUGGCUGGAGUUGUCACGUAUACCGGUGCAAAAAUUAUUCAGAAUGCGCGUUUACUGGUAGAAAAAAUUGGAAAACCUCUUGAAUUAGAUACAGAUGGUAUCUGGUGUGCAUUACCUGGAUCAUUCCCAGAGAACUUCACCUUUAAAACAAAGGAUUUAAAGAAGAAGCUGACAAUUUCAUAUCCUUGUGUUAUGCUUAAUGUUGAUGUGGCAAGGAACAAUACAAAUGAUCAGUACCAGACGCUCAAAGAUCCCAUCAAAAAAAUAUAUACGACACACAGUGAAUGCUCAAUUGAAUUUGAAGUGGAUGGACCGUAUAAGGCAAUGAUUCUUCCAGCUUCUAAGGAAGAAGGAAUUCUAAUUAAGAAGCGAUAUGCUGUUUUUAACGAUGAUGGAACCCUUGCAGAGCUUAAAGGUUUUGAGAUCAAGCGCAGAGGUGAGCUGAAACUCAUCAAAGUAUUCCAGGCUGAGCUUUUUGACAAAUUCCUCCAUGGGUCAACCUUGGAAGAAUGUUAUUCAGCAGUUGCUUCUGUUGCAAACCGCUGGCUUGAUCUUCUUGAUAAUCAAGGGAAGGAUAUUGCGGACAGUGAGCUGCUUGAUUACAUAUCAGAAUCAAGCACAAUGAGCAAAUCCUUAGCUGACUAUGGUGAACAAAAGUCAUGUGCAGUAACCACUGCAAGACGCCUUGCUGAUUUUCUUGGUGAUACAAUGGUUAAAGACAAAGGAUUGCGUUGCCAGUAUAUAGUUGCAUGUGAACCAAAGGGAACACCAGUAAGUGAACGUGCUCUUCCAGUUGCAAUUUUUGAAACCGAUGCCGAAAUUAUGAAGUUUUAUGUAAGGAAGUGGUGCAAGAUUUCAUCAGAUGUUGGCAUUCGAUCCAUUAUUGAUUGGUCCUAUUAUAGGCAACGGCUUAGUUCAGCAAUUCAAAAGAUUGUCACUAUUCCUGCUGCAAUGCAGAAGGUUUCGAAUCCUGUGCCUAGGGUAGUUCAUCCUGAUUGGUUGCAUAAGAAGGUUCGUGAGAAGGAGGACAAAUUUCGACAGCGUAAAUUGGUUGAUAUCUUCAGCUCACUGAAUAGGGGUGAUGCGGGAAAGAUGAGUAUUGAUGCUAAUACCACCGAUUGCAUAAUAUCCGGAAAGAGUGUUGAAGAUUUGGAAGACUUCAGAAAGAAAGACAGAACUGUUUUUGGACCUAGACCUAUUGUUCGUUGUUAUGAAGUCAAUGACAAACGACGUUCAGUUCAGACAAACUGUCAAGUAAACUCUCCACAACAACAAAGGGAUUGUGUAGAAAGUGAGAAUGUCCCAUCAGAAUUGCAACAAAAUGGUAUUUCUGCCGCAAAUAUUGACAGAAAUGUAGAUUAUCAAGGAUGGCUUGAAAUAAAGAAGAGAAAGUGGAAAGAUACUCGUGAGAAAAGGAAACGGCAAAGGUUGGGAAACUCAAAGACUUUAAACCCAACCAAUGGUACUGCUGAGAUGCCUGGUAGUGUGAAAAAUCAUAAACAAGCUCAGGGCAGAACUGGUGUCAGCUCAUAUUUUGAGAGGCAUGAACUAGCCUUUACGCGAUGUCCUUGGCAGAUAAUUCAGCUUGUAUCAAAUUCACACAAUGGCCAAUUUUUUGCUUGGAUUAUUGUCGAAGGAGUCAUGCAUAAAAUUCCAAUAAUUGUUCCAAGAGUGUUUUAUCUUAACUCGAGAGCUCCUAUAACAGAAGAAUUUCCUGGAAGGCGUGUCAACAAGGUUCUUCCACAUGGACGCUGUGGCUAUAAUCUAAUUGAGGUCACGAUUGAUGAAGAUCAAUUUAUUUCAGAGAGCAAGAAACUUGCAGCUCACCUUGCAGAUCCAGAAGUGGAGGGGAUAUAUGAAACAAAGGUGCCAUUAGAGUUCAAUGCUAUCCUCCAGAUUGGUUGUGUCUGUAAAGUAGAUAAAACAGCUAAAAAGCGUAAUGCCCAAGCUGGCUGGAGUCUGAACGAACUGCAUAUGAAGACCACAACAGAAUGCUCUUAUCUGGAAAAUUCUCUCUCUUUCUUCUACUUGUAUCACAGCAUCUCCGAGGGGCGAGCUAUAUAUGUUGGAUAUUUUCCUGCAUCUAGGACAAUAUCAGUUGUGGUGGUUAAUCCUUUCCAGAACAAGGAAUUAUCACCACAUAUUCUUGAGAAACAAUUCCGUGAAGCCUGCCAAGCGUUGUCUAUUGAACCCCCCAUGGCUAGAGACAGUAUCAGUUUUAAGGUGGACUAUGUUAAAUAUGUUAAGGAUGCCGAAAAGAUUUUACAAAGAACAAUAAAUGAGCACAGCCCUCAGCAUCAUGGACCUGCAAUUGCUGUCAUUGAAUGCCCAAAUGUUCAUUUGAUGAAGUCAGGUGUACGAGCUCUAAAUGAUUUCCCAUGUGUGAACAUCCCUUCCAAUGCUCGCGAUAGUCACUAUCAGGCUCUUGGGUGGCAGAUUGUAGCAACAAAAAUUGGAAUGCAACGAUGUGCUGCAUCAUCUCAGUGGUUGAAUGAGAGAAUUUCUCUUUCUAGAUAUGCCCAUGUUCCAUUGGGGAAUUUUGAACUUGAUUGGCUUAUACAUACAGCAGAUAUCUUCUUCUCAAGAGCACUACGUGAUCAGCAACAGGUAUUAUGGAUAUCUGAUAAUGGCAUUCCAGACCUUGGAGGCAUUACUGAAGAAGAUUCAUGUUUUGCUGAUGAGGUAAAUCAACCUGUUCUUACUUAUCCUGGAGCAUAUAGAAGAGUCACUGUGGAGCUAAAGAUCCACCACCUGGCUGUUAAUGCUCUUCUGAAAAGCAACCAAGUGAAUGAAAUGGAAGGAGGUGCUUUAUUUGGAUUAGACCUGGAUACUGGAGCACAUAAUGAACAGUGUUGCUUUGACGAGGCCACCUCAUGUGCACCUGCGUUUCGGGUCCUCAAACAAUUAAUCCAAAGAUGCCUUGCAGAUGCAGUUACAUCUGGGAAUGUAUUUGCUGAUGCAAUAUUGCAGCAUUUAUAUCGAUGGCUUUGCAGCCCCCAGUCAAAACUUCAUGAUCCAACUCUUCACCGGGUGCUUCAUAAGGUCAUGCAAAAAGUGUUUGCACUACUGUUGGCUGAGUUCCGCAAGUUGGGUGCCACAAUCAUAUUCGCCAACUUCUCAAAAGUCAUUGUAGACACAGGAAAACCAGAUCUAUCUGGAGCUAAAGCCUACUGUGACAGUUUACUUAAAACUCUGCAAACUAGAGACCUAUUCGAGUGGAUUGAACUCGAACCUUUGCAGUUCUGGCAUUCCUUGCUUUUUAUGGAUCAGUACAACUAUGGUGGAAUCCAAGCUAGAGUCCAUGGUGGAUCAUCAGAAGGUAAUUUGGAACCAAGUGAUGGAAGCGAACAUGAUGAUUCUCAAGUUGAUAUUGUAUCAAGCUGGAAUAUUGCUGAGAACUUACCCAAAGAAACUCAGGAUCACUUUAUUGUGGUUGUCUCUGAAUUUAUGUACAUUCCAUGGAAAUAUACACAAAAUCAAGCUGCAAUUAGAGCAUCUUUGAAUGAUGACAACUUAUGCACUCCAUCAAUUACUGCUGCAGCUGCUGAAACUUUUGAGAAACACAUGACAGAACAUCUUAGGGAGCAGAUCAGUUCUCACUUCACAGACAAACUGUUUAGGAUAGUUCGCGAUACCAAUCUUCAUAUGAAGGGAACGGACAAGUCGCAGAUAGACCAACAUUUGUCAUAUGGAAAUCAUCAACUUCUCAGUAAUAUCCAUAUGGGUGAUCCUGCUCUAGAGUUCAUUAAGCAUGUCUGUGCUGUUCUGGCACUUGACCAGAAUGUUCAGCAUGAUAUUCUGAUCAUGAGGAAGAAUCUACUGAAAUUUGUGCGCGUGAGGGAGUUUGCACCAGAAGCUGAGUUUCAAGAUCAUUGUCUGUCCUUCACUUUACCAAAUGUCAUUUGCAGCUACUGCAAUGACUGCAGAGACCUAGAUUUAUGUCGUGACAGAGCUCUACUGUCUCAGGAGUGGCGCUGUGCUGUGCCACAGUGUGGACAGCCGUACAACCGUGAGGUGUUGGAGAAUGCUCUACUUCAGAUUGUUCGGCAGAGGGAACGUGUAUACCAUCUGCAAGAUCUGGUAUGCCUCAAGUGCAACCAGGUCAAAGCUGCACACUUAGCUGAGCAUUGUGCAUGUGCUGGCUCAUUUAGGUGCAAGGAAGAUGUGUCUGAGUUCCACAAGAAAAUGCAGGUUUUCUCCAACAUAGCCAUGCAUCAAAAGUUUCAACUACUACAAGAAUGUACCUCUUGGAUUUUAGAAGUUAAAUAGCUAUUCAGACCAAAUAUAUUCUGCUGGUCUAACAUUAAUACAGAUGAGUAACCAACUUGCACUAGUUAUAAGAUGUCUGGUAAAAGCACCGUCAGGGUGAUGAAGCUACAGAAUGUCGCCACGGCCUGCUAGUCAUUCUUUCAAAUAAUUUGUACUUAGAGAGAUCGUAAUGUAAGACGACCACUAUCAGAUAUAGAGCUGAAUCUACACUGAUAUAUUUUCUUUUUUCUUUUUCUUUUUUUUGUUUCUUUUUUCUUUACAUAGAAAAAGAGGAGUAGAGGGGUUGGAGGUGUGUAAUUCUUUUGUUUGUAGUUUGUGCAGUCCUUGUAUAAUAAUCCAUCAAUUGUUUCAUGAAACUUUGUUUAAGAGGUUCACCAAUUGUCAUGCAGCAAUCCUGUGUAAGCUUCCAGAUGCCCUUUUAGCUCUAUGGUUUCC